CGGGGUGCAGGACGCAGGACGCGCGGUGCGUAAAAACAACCGAGCUGCUCCAUUUCAGCUCUGAGGCGCAAACUUCACCUCCGCGGGAUCUUUGGGACUCAACUCUGCUUUCUGCGCGCGGAGAUGUUUUAUUUACUCCUGACAUGAUGCUCUGAUUCCCCGGACUCUUCGCUCCGCGCGCUGGAUUAUCAAACUGGAUUUCUGUGGGAAAAACUAAAACGGCUCCAUAACACUCCGGAGUGAUCCUGCGCGAAAUGGGGCCGUUUUCAGCUGCGAUUCUUGUCGCUUUUUUAGUUUGGGCUGAAGGCUCCUCGCUGCAUCACUCCCACUCGGCUCACUUCUCCCUGAAGAAAACCUUUGGCCGAUCUGUCACAGUCACUCAGUGCCAACACAAGCUGAAGCACCUUCAUAAUGGGGCCCGGAUCACGAUGCAGAUGCCUCCCAGUGUGACAGGCCACUGGGUGUCCACCAGCUGCGAAGUGAGAUCCGGUCCAGAGUUCCUCACUCGUUCCUACAGGUUUUACCCCAACAACACCUUCCAGGCCCACCAGUUCUACUACCAGGACAACCACUGCACCAAACCCACCUACACGCUGCUGAUCCGAGGUCGGCUGCGCCUACGACAAGCCUCCUGGAUCAUUCGGGGCGGCACCGAGGCCGAGUACCAGCUCCACCGUGUCCAGAUGGUGUGUCACACGGCUGCCGUGGCCUCAGAGCUGAGCCYGAGGCUUAACCACAGCUGCAGUGGAGCCAUAAGUGGCCUCUGGGAGCCUGGCGUGACCUACGAGCUAUGGGACGAGGAGGGAGGCUACAACUGCUCCAUUGCGUUGAACUUCACCUUCCAUGAGCUGCAGCUGCUGAGGGUGGAAAAGCAGUACCUGCACCACAACCUGGAUCACCUAGUGGAGGAGCUGUUUCUGGGAGACGUCCACACGGAUCCGCGGCAGAGGCUCUUCUACAAACCAUCCAGCUACCAGACCCCCCUGCAGAAUGCCAAGCAUCAUGACCACGCCUGCGUCGUCUGCCCCAUCAUCUCUCGCUCAGACGAGCUCCACCCCCCCGUCCUGCCGCUGCGAGCCGACCUCACCGUCAGCCUGUACGGUCAGUGGGUGAGCCAGCGCUGUGAGGUGCGCCCCGAGGUCCUCUUCCUCACCCGCCACUUCAUCUUCCACGACAKCAAUCACACCUGGGAGGGUCACUACUACCAUUACUCCGACCCCAGCUGCAAACACCCCACCUUCACACUCUAUGCCCAGGGGCGCUACAGCCGAGGGCUUCACUCCACCAGAGUCAUGGGCGGAAUGGAUUUUGUCUUCAAAGUGAACCACAUGAGAGUGACCCCCAUGGAUUUGGCCACCACGUCCCUCCUCAACGUCUUCAAAGGUAACGAGUGCGGCGUGCAGGGCUCGUGGCAAGCAGGCGUGGAGCAGGACGUCACAGCCACCAAUGGUUGCGUGGCGUUGGGCAUUCAGCUACCGCACAUGGAGUACGAGCUCUUCCGCAUGGAGCAGGACGCCCACGGUCACUAUCUGCUCUACAACGGCCAGCGUCCCAGUGACGGCAGCAGCCCGGACCGCCCGGAGAAGCGAGCCACUUCUUUCCAGAUGCCCCUGGUCCAGUGCUCAUCGAGCAGCCAGCACUCGGAUCAAAGCCGAGGGGAUGAGGAAACGUCUACGCUGUACUACAAAGACUGCUCAGGGUGCCACAGAGGCUGUCACAAACUGACYGGGACGUUUGCCGCCAUCAUCACUGCUCUGAUUCUUUUUAACCAAACUUAAAGGGCAACUCUAAAACUGCUUGUUCUAAGACCAAAAAAAAAAAAAAAACUCUUUGUGGAUGUGAAGAAGGUUGAGAACUGAACUCCUUUCCUUUCACCAAAGACUGGAAACUGCUGCACCACAGAAACUGCACUUUAGAGUAGAAACACCUUUCUGUGAUUCCAUGUAGAUUAAAAUGUUUUUAUACCUUCACAGACUGGGGAAAAAAAACAUUUCCUGUCCUGUUUAAACCAGGAUCUUUACAACAUGUGGUCAUAAUAGGACAUCUUGUACAGUGUAAUCUUGACAAAACCUUUGUCUCAAAGUUUUUAUCAUUUGUUUACUGAAAAAUUAAACUUUGGUACUUCUAAUAAAGCCUUUUCUUUUUAAAAUACA